AUGACUGACACUAUCGAAACUACCCCUGCGGCCCAGGAGGAGAAAGCCGUCGAGACCCCCGUUGCCGCCACUGAAGUGAAAACAGAAGAGCCCAAGAAGUCUGUUACCUCUGAUAAUGUCUUCGCCAUGUUUGGCGGUGGAGGACCAAAGCCAAAGAGAGAGGAAAAAGAUGACGAAGAGCCCAAGGCUUCAAAAGAAGCUUCUGGUGCUGCUGGCGAGGAAGAGGCGCCUGAAUCACCAGAUGUCCACUUCGAGCCUCUAGUCAGCCUCGAGAAGAUCGAUGUCAAGACCAACGAAGAGUCCGAGGAGCAGGCAUUCAAGAUGCGCGCCAAGUUGUUCAAGUUCGACAAGGAAUCUCGUGAGUGGAAGGAGCGUGGUACUGGUGACGUGAGACUCCUCAAGCACAAGGAGAACGGUAAGACCAGGCUCGUUAUGCGAAGAGAUAAGACUCUUAAGGUUUGCGCCAACCACUAUAUCGUUCCCGACAUGAAGCUCUCCCCAAAUGUUGGUAGCGACAGAAGUUGGGUAUGGAACACCUCCGCCGAUGUUAGCGAGGGUGAACCAGAGGCACAGACCCUAGCCAUCCGUUUUGCCAACAUUGAAAACGCAAAUCUGUUCAAGGAGGCCUUCAUCAAGGCUCAACAGGAGAACGAGGCCCUCAUUGCUAAGGAGUAA